AUGGCUCACGAGACACCAGGCGACGACUUCGCAUAUGAUCUACGCUUUCAAGUAGUAAAGGUGAUGAAUCAAUUAGUAAUGGUUAUUAGGUUAUGCCAAGGGGCCCAGAAUGCUUGGGAUAUGCUCUCUGACGAGCAGUCACAGAAACACACUACUACUGGUUCUGGUGACCUCAAUGACUUACUUGGUGGCGGGAUUCACUGCAAAGAAGUUACUGAGAUCGGUGGUGUCCCAGGGGUUGGUAAAACUCAACUGGGGAUUCAACUAGCAAUAAAUGUACAAAUCCCAGUGGAAUAUGGUGGCCUUGGUGGGAAAGCAGUUUAUAUCGAUACAGAGGGCAGUUUCAUGGUUGAACGUGUCUACCAGAUUGCUGAAGGGUGUAUCAGGGACAUACUGGAGCACUUUCCACACAGCCAUGAGAAGUCCUCUUCUGGCCAAAAACAAUUACAGCCUGAGCAUUUCCUGGUGGACAUCUAUUACUUCCGAAUAUGCAGUUACACCGAACAAAUUGCAGUCAUAAACUACCUGGAAAAGUUCCUCGGAGAACAUAAAGAUGUGCGUAUAGUUGUUAUUGAUAGUGUUACUUUCCACUUUCGACAAGAUUUUGAAGAUCUGGCACUGAGGACUAGAGUGCUAAGUGGAUUAUCAUUGAAGUUAAUGAAGAUUGCAAAGACAUAUAACUUGGCAGUUGUCUUGUUGAACCAAGUCACUACUAAAUUUACAGAAGGGUCAUUUCAAUUGACUCUUGCUCUAGGUGACAGCUGGUCCCACUCAUGCGCGAACCGGGUGAUUCUGUACUGGAAUGGGAAUGAAAGAUACGCAUGCCUUGAUAAAUCUCCUUCACUUCCAGUAGCCUCAGCACCGUAUGCAGUGACAGGCAAAGGGAUUAGAGAUGAUCUACAUACCAACCUUAGAGAAGUAGAUGCAACAGAACAAGCUACUAUAGUGUUUUUGUAUCUGAACAUGUGGCACAUCAUACAUUCACAAAUCAACACUGUUAUUAGGGAAAAACAGCUGCAGGGUGGGCAAUUGCCAAUUGGCAUGGAUAACAGUUAA